AUGCCCAGCGCAGUAGGCGGGGGCCACUCCCACAGAGCUACGACUAAGGUGUCGCACAAGCCGUUCAAAUCGAGAAAAGCGACCAAGGGCCAACUGCGUGAUGCUGCAAAAGGGAGAAUCGCCGGCCAAAAAGGACAGCGCAAGACACCCCACCAGCAAGUCAUGUCGAAACUCGACCGGCGGAACCAAGCCAAGCAGCGGCAACUUGAGAAAGCCCGCGAGCACCAGAAGGAGGCGUCUAUCUUCGCCGGGAAGGAUGGGGUCCCGCGCAACGUCGCAGUGAUUCCUCUGUGUGCCGACACCGACACGACCUCAGCCAUCCAGAGCCUGAACGCGAGCGUCGACAUUGAGGCUGAGAUACACGAUGGGUGCUUCCGGGUUCCCGUGGACAGGUUCAAGCAAAAGUUGCAGUACUUGCCCCUGAAAAGGAACCUCGCUGCGUGCUUGGAUGCUGCCCGGGUCGCUGACUUUAUCGUCUUUGUUUUCUCGGCCGAGGUUGAGGUGGAUGCCUUGGGCGAGCUGAUUCUCCGGAGCGUCGAGAGCCAGGGCAUGUCGACACUGUUCACUGUUGUCCAGGGGCUCAACAAGAUCGAGCCCGCCAAGCAGAGGCUUUCAGUCGUUUCGUCCCUCAAAUCGUACAUCACCCACUUCCACCCAGAGCAAGACAAAAUCUACAGCCUCGACAACCGACAAGAGUGUGCGAACCUGAUGCGGUCACUAUGCAGUACCACACCCAAAGGCAUUCGGUGGAGGGAUGAGCGGAGCUGGAUGCUGGUCGAAGAUGUUCAGUGGGCGACUUCGGGGAUGGCGCCCACCAUCCUCACAGGUGUUGUCAGGGGCAGGGGCCUGAAGGCAGACCGGCUAGUGCAAAUCGGCGACUGGGGGACGUUCCAGAUCGAAAAAAUAACAGCCGCGCCGAUUGCGACUCGGAAGAGGAGGGGAGACGACGCCAUGAUGGACGAAGCUACCGUGGAGGAGAUGCUUGAGGAACCGACCGAAGACCGCGACGACCUUGACGACCUCGCGCCAGAGGACGCUGCCAUGGACCAUGAUGACGACAUGGAUGCUGCGACCACAGCAACAGCCAUGAAAAAGGGCGUGCUAUUGGACGACCACCACUACUUUUCGGACGAUGACACGGUCCAGGAGCUGCAGAUGCCCAAGAAAGUUCCCAAGGGUACAUCAAAGUAUCAGGCUGCAUGGUUUCUGGACGACGAAGACAUAUCGGACUCCGGGUCCGACCUGGAAGACUAUGAGAUGCAGGACGUCGAGGGUGGCGAGGAAGAAGCACGGCCAGAAGAUGGAAUGGAAGGUCUCACUGGGGAUGCCAUGACGGAGGGGGGGCCAUCAGAAUAUGCCAAGUCAGUGGCGUUCAUUGAGCCCGAUGAGGAUGAGGAUGCCAUGGCGCUCGAAGAAUACAGGAAGAGCAAGAGGACAGAAGCCGAGGACGACUUGGAAUUCCCCGACGAAAUCGAGCUUCAUCCCAAUGUGCUUGCCCGGGAACGCCUGGCCAAGUACAGAGGCUUAAAGAGCUUGAGGUCAAGCCCCUGGCUGGAGGACGAGGAUCGCGCGUUUGAGCCGGAGGAGUGGCAGCGGCUGCUGCGGAUCCCUGACUACCAAGCAUCCCGAAUCCGGGCAGCCCGCGAAGCUCUGGUGGGCGGCGUGGCCCCUGGAACACGCGUCCACGUCUAUAUCAAGGGGCUACCGGUAGCAAUUCAAAAGUCGUACGACUCCAGCCGCCCGGUUACGCUUUUCUCGCUCCUGCGGCACGAGCACAAGAGGACGGCUGUCAACGUCCUGAUCAACCUUAGCUCCGACUACCCUACUUCUAUCAAGGCGAAGGAGGAGUUGAUUGUUCAGUACGGACCGCGGAGGUUCGUCAUCAACCCUCUCUUCUCUCAGGGAGGCACCACACCCAACGACGUCCACAAGUACUGCCGGUACUUGCACCCCGGGCAGUCUGCCGUGGCCACGUUUAUGGGCCCCGUCACAUGGGGCUCGGUGCCGGUUUUGUUCUUCAAACGAACCGUUCCAGGUGCCGAAACGAAAGCCGAGGAUGAGGAAGGGCCCAGCCUGCCGCUGACGCUCGUUGCCACGGGAACAACGCUGCCGCCGUCGACUUCACGCGUCAUUGCCAAGAGGGCAAUCCUCACGGGACACCCAUACCACAUACACAAGAAGAUUGUUACCAUUCGGUACAUGUUCUUCAACCGAGAGGACGUCGAGUGGUUCAAGGCGCUGCCGCUGUGGACCAAGAGGGGUCGCAGCGGUUACAUCAAGGAGCCGCUGGGUACGCACGGGUAUUUCAAGGCGACCUUUGACGGUCGAAUCAACCCGCAGGACUCGAUCGGCGUCAGCUUGUACAAACGGGUGUGGCCGCGCAACGCCCGGCCGCUGGAGGGACCCCUGCUCGACCCAGCGCUGGUGCAGGAAGCCCAAGGGGACGCGAUGGAUGCCGACGUUGAGUGA